AUGUCACAGAUUAAUACUCCUGAGGCUGACCUCUGGGAGAUGUGUGGCCUGGCCUUAGAAGGUGAUUUGCAUCUAACUGACAACCUAGGAAGAACCCCCAAGAAUCCUCGAGCAUCUGGGAAAUCUCACCAGCUCGAGAAGCAGCUCAGUAGAGAGAAACUCUUUAGAAGGAACACAGACAAGGCCUCCUGUGUGAAGAGCUGCAUUGUUCACAUAUCAGAGACACCAUCCAUGUGCUGGGAGGCUGGGAAGGACUCCCCGCUUAACUCAGGCCUUCACCUGCUCCUUCACCGUGAGUGUGAGGAGGCCUUUCACGCUGGGCAGAAGCACUAUACCUGCAAUGACUGUGGGAAAGCCUUCUGCCAAAAGUACAGACUUGCUCAACACCAGAGAGUCCACACUGGAGAGAGGCCGUAUAAGUGCAGCGAAUGUGGGAAAACCUUCAGCUACAAACACAUACUUGUUCAGCAUCAGAGCAUUCAUACUGGAAAAAGACCUUACAAGUGCAGCGAGUAUGGGAAAACCUUUAGCAACAAACCCACACUUGUUUGGCACCAGCGAAUUCAUACGGGAGAAAGGCCAUAUAAAUGCAGCGAUUGUGGGAAAUUAUUUAGCCAAAGCUCCAGCCUUAGUGAGCAUCAGAGAAUUCACACUGGGUCACGGCCUUAUAAGUGCAGUGAAUGUGGGAAAUUCUUUACCUCUAACUCCAACCUGGUUAAACACCAGAGAGUUCACACAGGAGCAAGGCCUUAUGAGUGUGGUGAAUGUGGGAAAAUUUUUAACCAGAGCCCCAGCCUCAUUAAGCAUCAGAGAACAACUGGGGAAAGACCCUAUGAGUGUACUGAGUGUGGUAAGCUCUUCAGCCGAAACUCUACCCUCAUUAAGCACCAGAGAAUUCAUACCGGGUCACGGCCUUAUAAGUACAGUGAAUGUGGGAAACUUUUUAGCCAAAGCUUUGGCCUCACUCAGCACCAGAGAGUUCACAUGGGACAAAGACCCUAUGAGUGCAGUGACUGUGGAGAGUUUCUUAGCCAAAGCACCCAAUUUACUCAGCACCAAAAAGUUCACAUCAGAGACAGGCCUCAGGAGUAUAGCAAAUGUGGAAAGAUCUCUAGUCGAGGAUCUGCUCUGAUUAAGCACCAGAAACUUCACAUCCCAGACAGACCUUAUGGCUGCUUCAAAUGUGGGAAAGCCUUCAGUCAGAGGUCUAACCUCACUGGGCAUCAGGAAAUUCACAGCGGAGAAAGGCCUCAUUCAGCAUGA